CCUCCUCUACCAGCGGCACAACCCCCAGGCUGGGCUCAGAGACCUCAUGUGGUGGGAUCACUCAGUACCCCGAGGCGGAGGGAAGGAGGGAGGGCUGCAGGGUUCCCCUUGGCCUGCAAACAGGAACACAGGGUGUUUCUCAGUGGCUGCGAGAAUGCUGAUGAAAACCCCAGGAUAUUGUGUCACCGUGGUGGCCAGCUGAUAGUGCCAAUCAUCCCACUUUGCCCUGAGCACUCCUGCAGGGGUAGAAGACUCCAGAACCUUCUCUCAGGUCCAUGGCCCAAGCAGCCCAUGGAACUUCAAAACCUGAGCUCUCCCUCUCCCUCUCUCUCCUCCUUUGUUCUCCCUCCCUCCUUCCCUCCCUCACCCUCCUCCGCUCCCUCUGCCUUUACCACUGUAGGGGGGUCCUCUGGAGGGCCCUGCCACCCCACCUCUUCCUCGCUGGUGUCUGCCUUCCUGGCACCAAUCCUGGCCCUGGAGUUUGUCCUGGGCCUGGUGGGGAACAGUUUGGCCCUCUUCAUCUUCUGCAUCCACACGCGGCCCUGGACCUCCAACACGGUGUUCCUGGUCAGCCUGGUGGCCGCUGACUUCCUCCUGAUCAGCAACCUGCCCCUCCGCGUGGACUACUACCUCCUCCAUGAGACCUGGCGCUUUGGGGCUGCUGCCUGCAAAGUCAACCUCUUCAUGCUGUCCACCAACCGCACGGCCAGCGUUGUCUUCCUCACAGCCAUCGCACUCAACCGCUACCUGAAGGUGGUGCAGCCCCACCAUGUGCUGAGCCGUGCUUCCGUGGGGGCAGCUGCCCGGGUGGCCGGGGGACUCUGGGUGGGCAUCCUGCUCCUCAACGGGCACCUGCUCCUGAGCACCUUCUCCGGCCCCUCCUGCCUCAGCUACAGGGUGGGCACAAAGCCCUCGGCCUCACUCCGCUGGCACCAGGCGCUGUACCUGCUGGAGUUCUUCCUGCCACUGGCGCUCAUCCUCUUUGCUAUUGUGAGCAUUGGGCUCACCAUCUGGAACCGUGGCCUGGGAGGGCAGGCAGGCCCGCAGAGGGCCAUGCGUGUGCUGGCCAUGGUGGUGGCCGUCUACACCAUCUGCUUCUUGCCCAGCAUCAUCUUUGGCAUGGCUUCCAUGGUGGCCUUCUGGCUGUCCGCCUGCCGCUCCCUGGACCUCUGCACGCAGCUCUUCCACGGCUCCCUGGCCUUCACCUACCUCAACAGCGUCCUGGACCCCGUGCUCUACUGCUUCUCUAGCCCCAACUUCCUCCACCAGAGCCGGGCCUUGCUGGGCCUCACGCGGGGCCGGCAGGGCCCAGUGAGCGACGAGAGCUCCUACCAACCCUCCAGGCAGUGGCGCCACCGGGAGGCCUCUAGGAAGGUGGAGGCCAUAGGGAAGCUGAAAGUGCAGGGCGAGGUCUCUCUGGAAAAGGAAGGCUCCUCCCAGGGCUGAGGGCCAGCUGCAGGGCUGCAGUGCUGUGGGGGUAAGGGCUGCUGCGCUCUGGCCUGGAGGGACAAGGCCAGCACAUGGUGCCUCAGCCAACUGGACAAGGGAUGGCAGCAGACCAGGGGCCAGGCCAAAGCACUGGCAGGACUCAGGUGGGUGGCAGGGAGAGUAACCCGCCUAGGCCUCUCAGUGUGUCCAGGAUGGCAUUCCCAGAAUGCAGGGGAGAGCAGGAUGCCGGGUGGAGGAGACAGGCAAGGCGCAGUGGGCACACCAGCUCAGACAGGGGCCUGCGCAGCUGAGGGGAUAGAGACCAAUCACUGUCACAGCAGAGUCGCCUUAGAAAUUGGACAGCUGCACGUUCUGUGCUCUCCAGUUUGUCCCUUCCAAUAUUAAUAAACUUCCCUUUUAAAUAUA